AUGUUUCCUCCGGCACCUCACACAGUCACCGGCGUCAGCCCAUCGACGGCGUCGGCGGCCACAUCAACGUCGCCGAACACGUCCAGCACUGGAGAACUCAGCUCCACCGUCGACCACCCUAGAAGCGGCCAAAGGGCGCUGCCGCACAACAAACACUCGCCUCCCGCCGCCGCCAUUGGAAAAUUCAGCCGCGUUGCUCCUCCGUGUAGUCGCCGGAAAUCGCCCUCGGAGACGAACCAGGCAAUCUCUUCUACAUCGUCGUCGAACUGCUUGAACGGAAUACCUGCUCGUACUGGAGGAGGAGGUCACUGGCCGGAGACGACGAAGACACCGAAGUCGCCAGAGAUACAAAUUAGGGACAAGGUCGGCCCAUCAAAAUUGAAAGUGAAAAAAUGA